CUUGAUCCUGUGCUCAGUCUCUGGGUCUGUUUGGGCAGCUGAAGAGUGGAUCCCAGUCAUGGGGGUUACCAGCUAAUGGAUAAUUGGCCAUUGAUUCCAGGUACUUUAUGCCUGGUACACCAGCAAGUGCAUUGCUUGAUCCUCCAGAAUGUAUUCUGCUAACCCAGCCGGCUGGGUCACAUUUGAUGAUGAACCACUUUGUCAGUCCCCUCAAAAAUCAAAGAAUUUUCCACUGGAGAAUCACAGCAUCUGUAAACCAAAUGGACUUAAGCUGAAUCUUCCUGGCCUCAAGGAAUCCUAUGGUUCUUCUUCUACAAGUGGUACCCCUCUUUCUUCUCCCAUUGUGGACUUCUACCUAAGUCCAGGGCCCCCAAGUAACUCUCCCCUUUCCACACCUACCAAAGACUACCCUGGCUUUCCUUGUAUUCCCAAACCAGGGGGCAUUCACGCACUUUAUCCUAUUCCUGAAUGGCCUUCAAACAGCCCACUUCCAACACCAGAGGCAGAGUCUUCAUUGUUCCCUUCUAAACUCAGUUAUCCCGCCCAUUCAUCCAUACCCAGUGAUCAUUUGUGUAAGUUUCCAGAUGUCAAAACUGAACUUGUGGAUGAAAGGAACCCUCACCCUCACCAAUCUGAAAUCUUAGGCCAUCAACAUAACUUUACACAGUUUCAAUAUUUUCAAGAUGACUGUGCUUUUUCAAGUCCAUUUUGGAAAGAAGGGUCUUUACCUAGCGUCUCCCCUUUCACUUUUGACCCUGAGGGAAAAGAUCAAAGGUCCAGCAGAAAGAUGGCACCUCCUGAACAGAAGAGUCUCAAUCAAUGUUCAUUCAACUAUGUAUGUGAAAGACUUGAACACCUGCAAGCUACAGAUAAUGCUACAGACUCAAUUGGAAGCCUAUCUAUGCAGUGUCUAUACACUGGAGACAGCAGCCCUUCCUUUGUCCCCCAUAGUUUAUUCCAAAGUCAGCAGAAAGUUGGGUGGUCCUUCAUGCUUAGAAUUCCUGAGAAGAAAAAUAUGAUGUCUUCUAGACAAUGGGGCCCGAUAUUCCUUAAAGUCUUGCCUGGGGGUAUUUUGCAAAUGUACUAUGAGAAAGGAUUAGAGAAACCAUUUAAAGAGCUUCAGUUGGACCCAUACUGCAGACUCUCUGAACCCAAAGUAGAGAACUUUAGCAUGUCAGGGAAAAUCCACACUGUGAAGAUUGAGCAUGUGACGUAUACAGAAAAAAGGAAGUACCAUUCUAAGACAGAAGUAGUCCACGAGCCAGAAGUAGAGCAGAUGUUAAAACUGGGGACUACAGACUACCAUGAUUUCCUUGAAUUUUUGACAGUGGUAGAUGAGGAACUGAUGAAACUCCCUCCUCUUUCCAAACAAAAAAGAAACUACGAAGAACAAGAAAUUUCCCUGGAAAUUGUGGACAACUUCUGGGGAAAGGUCACUAAAGAAGGAAGGCUAGUUGAAAGUGCUGUAGUUACCCACAUCUACUGCCUCUGCUUUGUGAAUGGAAAUACAGAGUGCUUUUUAGCCUUAAAUGACCUUGAGCUGCAGAAGAAAGAUGAGCGCUAUUUUGAGAGAGACCCAGAAAAGAAAGGUAUUGAAAUUCUUGAAUACCAUUUUCACAAGUGUGUGAAAGCACAAGAGUUUGAGCAGUUGAGGAUCAUUAAGUUUUCGCCGUUGGAUGCUUGUAGAUUUGAGCUGAUGCGUUUCAAGACCUCAUAUGAUGGGGAGGACCUUCCAUUUUCUGUGAAGUCCGCCGUAGUUGUCCAGGGUGCGUAUGUUGAACUUCAGGCUUUUGUCAACAUGGCCUCAUCUGCUCUGACUCCAGCCCGUUCUGGUCCUUUGAGGUUCUGUGACAAUAUAAUGAUACAUUUUCCAGUCCCUGCCCAGUGGAUCAAAGCGCUUUGGACCAUGAACCUCCAGAGGCAGAAGUCCCUAAAGGCCAAAAUGAACCGCCGGACGUGCCUUGGCUCUGUACAUGAACCAGAAUCGGAACCUGUCAUCCAGGUCACGCUGGGAACAGCAAAAUAUGAGAGUGCCUAUAGGGCGAUCGUGUGGAAGAUGGACCGGUUGCCAGAUAAAAACUCAAGUCCUGAUCAUCCCCAUAGUUUGUCAUACAAACUGGAACUUGGAUCAGACCAAGAAAUACCUUCUGACUGGUACCCAUUUGCUACGGUUCAGUUUGUCAUGCUUACCAGUUACGCUUCGAAGACAGAAAUGAAAUCUAUGGGCAUAGAGAAUGAUGUCCAGCCCCAGAAGCAUGUUGUUCAGAAAGCUUUCUAUAACUGCCAGGUUGAAAUAGAAAAGAAAUGGAUUAGAAUUGAUGGAGAAGACCCGGAUAAGGCUGGAGACUGCAUAACUCAGUAGAAGAAACAAGACCUGACAAUGAAAAAGAGUGACCUAUUCUUUAGAUGUGUAUUUCAGAGAAAAUAACAAUAAUAACAAGUCCCAACAAAUGACUUACUAUUGGAUAGGAAUAGAUAUUGAACCUCUCAUUUCAUUGAUAAAAGGAACUUCCAGAUGAGAAAAUUCUCUCAGCCAAUGCAGGUCUCCAACUCCAGUUACCUUAUGGGAUGAAAAAGUUCCACUGUGAACACUUGUGUUAUUCAGAAGCAGAAGGACCAUGUUUUAUGUUUGGAGAAGUCUAACAUCUGAAGUCCAUCAUAGACUCAAUGAUAUCCUCGAGAGAGUCAUGUCUUCCAUGUUUUAAUCUAAAACUAUUCUCUUUUGUGCAAGGCUUUUGUUCUCCUUGAACUUGAAACUUAACGGUGUUGGUCAAGUUAAUUGAUGUGACCUAGCAUCUAGAUGACCCAAAGUAGCUGCUCCUCUAGGGUAUUCAGUGUCUGACAGCUUUAGGGCUAUGCUGAAACAUUGCUUUUCCUCCUUCAGCCUUUAGCCUCUUUUCCUAUUGGCAUCUUUAUUAGAGAAUGGGGAGAUGAAACCCAAACCAAUCAGUUUAGCUUCUUGCUAAUGGCAUUGGAAAAGGGCUUUGAGUGAGAGAACGUUGAAACUAUAAUGUAAAAUGGAGGUUUGGGAUAUAUACUGGCAAGAGUAAUGAGACCUAGGUCAUAGUCUCAGCUCUGUUACUUGCUAGUCAUAUGACUUUGGGCUAAUCACUUCAAUCUCUUUGAGUCUCAGUUUUCGUUUCUAUAAAUUGGGGAUAAUACUAUCUGGACACAGGGGAUGACUUGUCAUCUGAUCGAACACCCUCAUUUUAUAGAUAAGAAACUAAAGCCCAGAGAAGUUAAAUGACUUUUCCAGGGUCGCACAGGCAGUAAGUGGUAGAGAUGGUAUUUGAAUUCAGGUCCUCUACCUCCACAUCCACUGUAGGUAAAUCCACUGCUUGGAAAGCACUUUAGCAAAGUAUGACGGGAUCAUGGAUUUAAAUGACCUAUGUCUUCCAUGGAUGGUCUUCAGCAGAAUGGAGAACUGAGAAUUGACUAUAUUUAGAAAAUGUUUUCCCAUAAUUUCUAAUGAUUAUAUCUUUACAUUCUUUACUCCCUUCAGGACUUGUAUGGCUUCUAAUAUGUGAUGCGAAUGUAUAUGAAAUACCUAAGAAGUCAUUCAUGUGGAGAAAUAUUCUAUUUUGGCAAAUCAGUAAUGACCUUUUCCUUGAAAGGAUGUUCCUUUCAAAAUGGAAUCCUAACAUUGUGACCGUUGUACUUCUGGGCUUUGAUAAUUCUGAAGUCUUACUUUGGACAGUAGUUAAAAUAUGCAAGUGAUUUUAAAUGAUUAUUUUUUAAAAAUACAUAACUAUUAUUCCUCUAAAAUUGAAAUACUAGUAAUAUGGAAAAGUUAUUAGCAUAGAUUAUUUUUUUAAACCCUGAGAUAAGCCUCAAGUGAAGGGAAAUCCAAAUAGUAUAGCCAAAAAAAAGAUUAUUUUCUCCCUUGGAGAAGCUAAGCAUAAUAGGAAGUAGAUGGGAAAUUAUGAGAAUAUUCUGAACUGGGUAGAUAAGGUAUUGCAUUACAGUGAUUCUAAAACAUGACGUAAAUGAUUAUAAUCAUUGGGCAUCUAUUGAAAGCCUCACAGUAUUAGCAGAUUUUAUUCUGCUUCUGGUUUUAUCUUCCCACAUUUGAGGGAAAGGGCUAGUUUUCCAAGUGUAAGUAGUCUUGCAUUCUGCAUAAAUAUCCUGAAAAGGAAGUCUCUCAGGGAGACUAUCCUUCACUUAGUGUUCAGUCUUAAAUAUUUGUCAUUAUCUACUAAAGUCACCUACUGAAACAAUAAGUGGUCUAAUAUUUUCCCAGACAUUUAUCUGUUUGACUUAAAGUUACUUCUGUAGAUUAUGUUUAAUAUUGUAUAGCACUCAUUUUAAUCUAUUUGCUCAAUAAACCAGAUGAAUUUUUUUUUCCUUUUA